UGUUCUCUCAACAAACUGCAAGAAGGACCGCGAGAGAGAAAGGUUAGAGUUGGAAAAGUAAUUUGUACUGGCGAAUCAGUUAUUCACAGUUAUACACACUCUCUCCACAUCGCAGUCUCGAAGAAACACCAUUUGGACUCAUUAACGGAAUACAACACAGCAUCUUACUUCAUUUGCUAGUUUGUUUCGCUGGCAAAAGCCUCACAAUUUCAACUUGGGCAGCAUGUCAUCGAACGUGGACGUGGAGAGUCUUCAGCCCACGGUGCGCAACAGCAACAAGUGUGUACACCUCUCGCUGGCGUGUUUGGCGUUCGCUGUGAUUGUGACCUGGAUUGGUGGAGCUGCAGUGGUCGUGCUCGCGUGGAAUAAGAUGGACAUGUUAAAUUCAAUCCAACCGUCGGGGACAGGGCAUCACGGCGCUACCCAGUACGCUCUCGCUGAAGCUGAUAAGUUUAAGUCGAGACACUUCACCUACUUGAGAGCUUCCCAAGACAAAAUCGAUGUUGGGACUAUGAAAUGGGACGCGAUUGACAUCGGCAACGGCUCUUCCAUUGGUGCUAAUUUUGACUAUGACAGUGUUCAACGCAUGCUGACGGUGAAGCGCGAAGGGAGCUAUUUCAUCUACUUGAACCUUAAUUUCACUAACGUAGACUUGGGCUGUGACAGGAAUAGUACGGUGCAAGUAACGCUCAAGUCCAAGGGCCGCGUGCUGCUCUCGUGCGAGGUAAAACUGAAAGACUGCCCUACUGUGACAGAGAGAUGCUGGGAUGUGGUUAAGCAUCUGGAUCGUGAUAGCCGCAUCAGUGGCGAUAUCUCCGUGCACGGGGAAAAGCUGUCCGGUUGGAAGCUGGUAAGCAACGACUCGGGUUUCGGGAUGUUCGUCGUGGACAGCCUGUGAGUCGACCCUCGCUGGAGACGACUGGUUGGAUUAAAAAUAAAGACUUGUUCCAAGCGGACCCGGCAGCCCGCGGAGCUGAUGCACUUUUCUCACCUCAGGACACUGCAUGCCAAGAGAGACAUGGACAUUUUCUUAAGCACAUAUUUCUUUAUUUAUAUGAUGUCUAUUUUUUACUAUUUAUUUACAACAUGCAAUGUAUGUUUGUAAAACAGACUAAUAGGCCUAGCCUAUAUUUAUUGUUCAACAUGUUAUUUUUUAACUAUGAAAGUAGGUAGCACUACAGUGACGGGAGACAAUUUUACCAUAAGUUGUGAAAGCUUACACACAACUUAGCUUGAAGAGCUGAGUUUAGUAAAGUUGAUGUCAAUCAUGUGUUCGAUUGUUUUGACUGUAAUGGUGUCUGCCAUGCGACCUCUGGGACGCCCCCUAGCUGCUUUUCAUGUGAAUAACAGUAAUAUGGUUGUGUGUUCCAAUGGAAAUGUAUAGAAAUCAAGGCCUUGUUCACAGGCUGGACAUUUUAUGGAAGUACUUACUUAUGACUUAUGAAUGAUUUUAAAACUCAGAGGGCAUCUACCUCAACAACACAGAGAGAGAGAGGCAACUGCACUUUCAUAUACAAUAUGUAAUGCUUUGAGACAAUGACACACACACACGCCCCUCCAUCUGAGACAAAAGAUACACACACACACACACACACACACAGUGGUGGAUAGAGUACUGAAAAUCUUUUCUCAAGUAAAAGUACAAUCACUCCCUUAAAAAUUGACUCAAGUAAAAAUGAAAAUUCCUUUUUGAGCAACGUACUCCAGUAAAGGUUAAAGUAUUAAUAAAAUACUCAAAGUACAAGUUACUUUC